AUGGAUUUCAUGAAGGUCUUCGAUCAAACGGUCCGAGAAAUAAAGAGGGAGGUGAAUCUGAAGGUCUUGAAGGUUCCGGAGAUGGAACAGAAGGUAUUGGAUGCAACGGAUAAUGAACCUUGGGGUCCUCAUGGAUCUGCAUUGGCAGAGAUCGCACAGGCCACAAAAAAAUUUUCGGAAUGUCAGAUGGUUAUGAAUGUUUUGUGGACAAGAUUGACCGAGACAGGAAAAGAUUGGCGUUAUGUCUAUAAGGCAUUGGCUGUUAUAGAAUAUUUGGUGUCGCAUGGAUCUGAACGUGCUGUGGAUGACAUUAUAGAACAUACUUUCCAAAUCUCAGCUCUCACAAGUUUUGAAUAUGUUGAGCCAAAUGGGAAGGAUUUGGGAAUAAAUGUGAGGAAGAAGGCGGAAACCAUUGUGGCUCUUUUAAAUAACAAAGACAAAAUACAAGAAGUUAGAAAUAAAGCUGCUGCGAAUCGUGACAAGUACUUUGGACUUUCAUCUACUGGGAUAACAUAUAAGUCAGGUUCCGCAACUUCAGCCUCGUUUAGUGGUAGCAACUAUCAGAGUAGUGAACGCUAUGGAGGUCUAAGUGGUACUGGAGCUGGUGAUAGGUUCAAGGAUAGCUAUAGAGAGAGGGAUCGACAUGAAGAAGACAAGAUUGAGAAGGACAGCUCUAGCAGGUCACGUCGAGAGAGCUCUUCAAAGAAGGCCUCAGCACGCUAUGGCAGCAGGAAGGAUCAGGAUAAUAUAUCAUCCAGUGUGUCAAAGUCAUCAAAUAAAUCAAAUGACUCUGAGAAGUACAGUUCAGUUCAUACUCAAAGCGCAAAUGUUCCUGAUGAUGAUAAUGAUGAUGAUGAUUUUGAUCCCCGAGGGACUUCUGCUGCUAAGGCUGCUGUUGCAAGCUCAAACCAAGUGGAUCUGUUUGGACAAAGUUUGAUGGAUGACUUCAUAGAUGCUCCAACAUCUGUUCCUGCAGAAAAGCCUGGGAUUAACAGCGGUUCAUCAGAGGUUGAUCUAUUUGCUGAUGCAACUUUUGUGUCAGCACCACCCCAGGCAGAAACUGGAGCAUUUGCAGACUCAACUUUUGUAUCAGCACCACCCCAGACAGCAAACGGAGCAAGUUCUCAAACUCAGAAUGGUGUUGAUCUAUUUGCUUCUCAACCAACCAAUUCUCCAUCGGCUUCUUCAACAGUAGAUAUUUUUUCCGCCCCUGAUCCAGUUAUGCAGCCAGAAACCAAGUCUACAAAUGUUGCCCCAACAAACACCAACAUUGUUGAUCCCUUUGCCACUGUUCCACUUCACAAUUUUGGUGAAUCUGAUAUUUUUGGGGCAUUUACCUCUCAGUCUGAUUCAAUAUCUUCAGAACCUUCCCAAAGUUGUGUCAAUGAUGGCAGCGACACUAAUUUGGGUAAAAAAUCUUCAGCAGACCUGAAGGGUCCACCCAAGAAGGAUUUCCAGGUGAAAUCUGGCAUUUGGGCCGACUCACUGAGCCGUGGACUGAUUGAUCUUAAUAUAUCUGCUCCCAAGAAGGUAAAUCUGGCGGAUGUAGGGAUUGUGGGUGGGUUGACUGACGGAUCAGAUGAAAGGGAGAAAGGGCCCCCAACUUCGUAUUACAUGGGUAGAGCAAUGGGUUCCGGGACUGGUCUUGGAAAAUCUGGGUUCCCAUCAUCGCCGGGAAUGGGAGGCGAUGACAUCUUCUCAAGUCUCAGUGGCGCCGGCGGCCAACAAUACCAAUACGGUGGUUUCCAAAAGUAA